AUGCUUGGCUCGACUUCUGAAUAUAACAGAUUCCUUCCCUUCUUCGACCCAACAAAACAAAACAAUGAAUUCAAGAAGGCUUCAUACUGCAAUAUAAUCCAGGGCUUUUCAACUGACUUUGGCUUUACUUUACUUGAGAACAAGAGCCGCGAAAGAAAACUGAGCAAAGUCCGCUCAGUGGAGCACCACUCCGGGGAAGAAAAAACAUUGUCCCCGUUCUUUAUUGUCGACAUCAUCACAAACACAAAAGCCACAUUCUUUACUGCGCACAAUCUCGGAAAAAUUUGCAUCCGUUAUCCGUUGUUUACACUUCAUUGUUGUCAUUAUUCUCCAUCACAUGAAAUAUGUCCUUCGCACCGCUCUCAGUGA